AUGAUGAUAGAAAUCAUUGUAGGCACCACUUAUCUGCAUCUCUUUUUGUCUAUCUACACCGUCAACACAUUAAAAACUGAUGCAACUACUGAUGUUUUAUUUUCUGGCGACACUGGUCUUCACCCGGGUAAAGGUAAGUAGGUAUAAAUAACAUGUCUUUUUUCAGUGGAACACAUAUAGAAGAAAAAAAAGUGACAAUUAUUUUAAUAAUAUAGUCGUAAAUAUAUUUUUUGGCGAACAAUUAAAAUGCUGUUCAUUAAUUAAUACUUUAUCAUCAUAUAACAGACAGUAAUUACCGUUACCAUUAUUCUUAUUAAUUAUUUGAAAUUAAGUAAUCUUUUACUAAAGGUGAGAAAGUUAAUGCAUAAUUUCAACUCGAUUAAAUUAAGUUAAAUAAACUAAAUAUACAUUUGGUUAAAAGUUCCAAGUUAACAUAACAUCAACUUCGAAUUUAACUCGUUAAGAAGACUUAAUAAUACAUUUACUAGUAAACUCAUACAUAGUACAUACCACUCGUAUUUCGAUUAUAAAAACUGUUCUCAAACGAUAUUAUUUAUAGCAAUACCUAUUAAGAGAACAUUAUCAAAAUUGUACAAUACUUAAAUUAAAAUUGUAUACGUGCCGUGACGUGUUCGAGUUGAUUAAUUUUUAAUAUUUGUAAUCCUUUAUUAACAAUGGUCGAUAUCAUCAUGUAAUUUUAAGUUAAAAUUAAAAUUAACUUAGUUUUAAAUAAGUUUUUUUUUUAUUUAUAAUUUUUUAAAACAGUUCCAUUAUUUGCAACUAGAAACAAAAUUAAAUAAAAAUGUCUCUAAGUAUUUUUGAUUAAUGUAAUAUUUCUAGUAAAAAACAUAGUUCGCAAAAGUUAAAAACAAUGAAAUCAGCAACGCCAUGACGCGUAAAUAUUUAACGUUGGCCUAUAAUUUGUUUGUGGCUUUUCCCGUGUAUUAUGAAAACCCCUUUGAAAAUCAUAAAAUUACCUACUCAGUGUAUCAACAAUGUAAAAUUUCCUUUCAAUAAAGAUGCUACACUUGAUACAUUGGAGCAAAUGCACUUAUAUGAAAACACAUAUCACAGUAAAGCCAAAACUGGUUUUUAAAAUAUCACAAUAUACAGCAUUUCAAAAAAUUAUCAAUUAUUAGAAUAUUGUAAUAUUUAUUACUUUUGUUUAUAAUAUUUUUUAACUACUGUUUAGUAGGCAAUAUGAUUAUUCUGUCGUUGGCAAUUAAAUUCUAUUCGAGUGUUAUUUUUUUUAUCUCAAGACAAAGCCUAUAAUUACUUGAGUUAAUAACUCCGAUAAGGAUUCUUACUUUCCAUAAUAUUAUGAUGCUAGUUUAUAUUACGAACCAAAUAACUGUUUUAAAAUAAUUGUCCACCAAUGUUUUGAUGUAUAAUUAACUAUUUCUCCUUUGUCGAAAAAUCAUGUUAAUCAUAUUCAUUGAAAGUAAGUGUAUACGAACGAAAAUUGCAUUGCAUUAUUUUUAUUAUUAGGUGUGCACGAGAUAGUUCUUAGGCACCCCUAAAAUAAAGCGUAUUAUUUGGAAAUUAGAAUCAAAUAGAUUAUAAAACUAAAACGAGGUAUACUUUUAAACCUAUAAUACAAAAAUGAACUAGGCUAUUAUUUCAAAUAAAAAAUGAUGUACCUACCCAGAAUACGAAGAAUAAAAAAGUAACUAUGUAGUUAAUAAUUAACGAACGACAGUGAAAAAGAGUGUUUACUAUGCCAUUGAUAAAGCGUUUUCUUUCAACAGGAAAGAUUAUCAAUUAGUUUUCGAUCAGCAAGACUAUAGCUAAGUUUAACACACUUAAUGAAUAACUAGGCUUUAAUCGUGGGGCUCAAAACUCAUGGACGUAAUUCAAGCGAUUUAAAAUUAUAGGUACCCAUCUAUAAGUAAUAGUAAUAUGAAAUAUAAUAUAAACAUUUUAAAACAUAUCACUGAAUAAUAAUUAUUGCUGUAGCAGGUAGGUAUAAACUAUACAUAGUAUAGAAAAAACUGAUACCACCAAUAUGCUUACGUUCUUUAUUAUUUAAAUCGAACGUUCUAUUAUAGUUGUAAUUAUUUAUUUCAAAAAUGGGAGAAAAUAUUAUUACUCAGAGUUAAAACGAUAAUAAUUUUUUUUUUUUAUUACAGUGAUAUGAGUAAAAAGAAACUAAAGCUACAUUGUUUUGUAAAACUAGUUUUACCACUUUUACAGACUACUUUUAACUCACUUUAUAAUGGAUUUCCACGAAAUUAUUUAACAGUCUUUAUAAUGUUUUAUGUACACAUUGUUCGGUAUAAUGAACGUAAUAAAUGUCGUACCUACCCAACAAUUUAUGGGACGACCCGCAAAUACACAUUACAUCGUUGAUAAUAUAUCUUGAAAACUGGAUUAAUUAUUGUGUACAUAGUAAUUUAUUAUAAUUACAGUAUAAACAUCAAUCAACCGAUUGUGAGUAAAGUGCUGGGUACUUAAAUUAUUCUACUGCAGGAGAAGUACACAAAUUAAAAUUAAAUUUGUAUUAGAUUUAUAUUAGAGCUAUUGGUUUUGCCAAGAUGUUUAUUUUUUUCUUUCUUUCUUUCUUUCUUUUAAUCUAUGGACACGUUUUUUCCUAGUGAACUAGCUACGAUUUUUACGAGUAGCAUAUUUUCUGAAAGCACAAGUUGUCUAUAUCGUACUUUAAAUUUUUGAUUUUCGACGCUAUUUUUUAAAUAAAAACACUUGAGUGGGAAAAAACGUAGGGAAGCGUACAAUUUCACGAUUUCAUUAUUUUAUAAAAACACGGACCACGUUUUCUACCAGAAAAAAUGAUUUAAUCGAAAAACAAUAAGAUACCUUUUUUAUUUCCAUUUUGAUUUCCUUUCUUAUCGUAUCAUUGCUAAAACUUUUGAGCCACUUUUGAGCAUUUAAAGAAUUUUAAUUUUUUUGGUAGUUUUUUUGCUGUAAUUUGGUUAUAAAUACACGUAGAGACUUGAAACUUGGUGAUAAUACUUAUAUUAGACUUUCCUAUGUGUGGUCAAAUUUCCAAAAUUAUCGAAGAAUUUUUUUUUUUUAACAAGCGUUUUGAAAUCAAAUUUAAACGAAAAUCGCAAUAAAAAUUAUGGCACUUCAAAAUUGUGUAUUACCGAACUACGCUCGGAAUCGUCUUUCGUCAAACAAUGGUUAAAAGAGUUAAGCGACACUUUGGGUCUGAGCUGCACGGCUUCACUUUCGUCGCUUAGAUCCUUUUUACAUGUCAUCAUUGAUAUAUAUAAUAUAUUAUAUUUAAAAUAUUAAUUUGCAUAACACAGAUUUUUUUUUAAAAAAAACUAAUUUAUAUUUUAUAAUCUAAUAUAUUCAAUGAAAAUUGCAUUAAGAUGUCUGGUAGAAAAGUUGUUCACAAAUCAACAAAAAAAUAAAUUAACAUCAUUGUAAAACCAAUUAUCACUAAAAACCAUUACUCUGUUGAUAAUCUAUAAAUUAAAUGAAACAAAAUUAAUUUAAGCCCUCACUUCCCGGGACCAAAGGUAAUAUAAUAUUAAUAGCAAUAACGUAAUGAAAUAUCAUCUAAUCGGCCGAAACUCAAAAAAAAAAUAUAAAUACAUAAGAACGUUAUCAGGGGUCAUUGUUUUUGGCUGUAUUGUGACACAUUAAAUCUAAUGAAGUUUUUUGAAAUCAAAACUGUAUACAAACAUAAUUAAAAUAAUAAAGUAAAAACAAAAUUAUUAAAUGGCUAAUACUUGUAAAUAAAUAAAUGCGUUGCCUGAAAUAUUAUGGUAUGUGUAUUUUACGACCGGGUUCGAAUUAAAAACUCAUCUUAUACUUGAUUUUUAAAAUAUAUCCUGUCAAUCAGUGUAUCGGUCUCUUCUUUUCAUUAUUUGUAGAUACCGGAUUAAAUAGGCUCUUGUAAUUGUAUUAUUAUGCAGUGGAGUGUAUGCACCUUACUAGGUAGGUAAUUGUGUUGGCUUCACUUCUGAACAUAAUGGUAUUUACAUUUCCAAUAUAACUAUGCCGGGUAGUAACUUGAUUAAAAAUAAAGUGUUUUUUUUUUCAAAUAUGCUAUAUCAUGACGAUUACUGUAUAAUAAAUUAAAUUAUAUUAUAUUGAGUAGUGGCCAAUUUUUAAUUUUUUAUCAAACUUUCUUAAAAAAAUUAAAAUAAAAUAAUAUAUUUUAAUAUAUUAAUACGUAUUCAUCUUUUUUCCACUAUAUUUAGAUAAUUUAGGGGUUCAUUUUGAUCCAAAAUAGCUUUAACUUAAUUAAAAAUGUUUACAGGUACAAAUUGAAGUGAUAAAAUUCGGGUUGAAUUUCAAUAUGAAUUGAACCAUGUUUUUGCAGGAGGAGUGUUUUUUAGAAUUAAUACAUAUAAAGUUAUACACAUUCCUAAAAUGAAGCCAAGGGAAUGGCAUUUUGUAUAUGUAUAACGGUAAUAUCAACAAUGUACAUUUAGGGAUUUUCAAUAGUAAUAUAGUAGAUAUAUUAUUAAUUAUACGUCAAAUCUCUACGGAUAUUUUAAACUGAAUUACAUUAAAAAAUAAAAUAAUUAUUUUCGUAAAUGUCCCCAUCCUUUCUACGUAUUUUUCGGUUUUGCUCAAUUAUUUAAAAAACUAUAAAAAAAAAAUCAAAAAUGACUUCCUAAGUCACCAACUGGAUUAAAUAUUCAACAAACAAGUUUUCUUGUCGUUUUUAUAUUAUUGGCGCAGUAUUUAUAGUAGAAAACAUAAGCCGUCAACAUUUUAAAUAAUAAAAUCGUUGCGUCGUAAAAAUAAUUAUUUUUCGUCCUUUUUGGUUUUCCAAAUAACUAUGAAAAUACUUUAGAUAAGAAACAAAAUCGAUCUUUUGUCAUUUUUCAACUGGAUUAAUAUUUCUGAUGAAAAACAUUGUGAACAAAAAUUAAGAACAUGCGCUAUAAAUACAUAUUUGCCGUUUUACCUGUAAUUUCUUCUUGGGAUUUUUUUCCCAAUUAUUUCGAAAACCCCAAAAAUCAAAAAAUGAUUACAUCAAAAUAUACACCAAAAAUGUAAGUACCAUACUCCUUACAUUGGAGUAAUAUUUCUGUUCAAAAAUUUGUUUACACACAGAAAAAAAAGCACACAUCAAAAUAAAACCUAAUCUAAAAUCUCGAGCUUUAAAUUAUUCGUUUAUAUAGCUAAGUGUUUCUUUACAAAAUAGCAAUCAAAUUGGUUAACUAUUUAAAAUCGUUUUAUUUUUUAAUAUUGCCAUUUGGGAAUCUGAGCUUCAAGAUCUCGGAUUAAUCGAAGACUUCCAAUAUCCUUUUAAGCACUUAGUAUUCGCUGUUGGUAACAGAGGGCAAAUAUAUAAUUAUGAAAUAAUAUUAUGUCUAGCGUAUAGUUAUGAAAAUAAUUAAUACUAAAGACUUAAGAUAUAUGUACUCUGUAGAUUAGAUUUCAUACACUCAUUUUAUUGUCGUUUUUACUACCAAUCCAUCUAAUCUAUUAUAUUAGGAUUUGGUUCCUAUACGUUAGUAUUUUGUAUGUUUCGGGAUACAUUCAAUCAUUUUCUAAUAUGUACCUGUGUAUGGCUACCCAAUUAUAUACGAAGAAAUGGAAUAUUACUAAAAUUUAGUAUGCUAUAAGGCUUUAUAGGGCAAAAUUUAUAUGUUAACAUCUCCUUGUGCCAUAUUUUUUACAUUUAAGGGUCCUGCUAGUGCAAUUUUCUACAAAUAUUCAAUAUUUAAAAUUAUUAAGUCUUAAUAAUUCAGAAUCAAAAGUGCGAUAAUUUUUAUUUUUGUAUUAAUAUUUUGCUCAAAACAUUAUUAACAGGAUUAACACUCCUGCCUAGCAGAAACAUCCGAUUUCGAUAUUUUAUAUUUUUAUUGUAAAGCGACCAAUUUCCCAUUGGAUUUCGAUUUUUGAAUUUUGAUUUUUAUCAGAAUCUACAAGAAAAAAUGUUAAAAAGCAGUAAAAAUUGGUCGUAUUCAAACUGUGAUUAAAUCGUUCCUAAUUUUAAUUUUUAAAAUCCAAGUCCAAUGCAUUCUGAAUAAUUGUUUAUCUUUCCUAAAAAAAUAUCGUUUAAAUCUACGUGGCAGGAGAGUUAACCUUGUAUAAUAACAUUUUUCUGGACAAGAAAACAGGUUACACGCAGUUCCCUUAGGUAAAAAAUCGAACAAGGUACGGCAUACGAAUGUUUAAAUAUUUUAAUGGAUUUUUUUUUGAAACUAUUUUUUUUUUUUAGGAAAUAAUAGUAGUAUCACUACUAAUAUUAGCAUUUUUAGUAACAGCAGCCCGAUUUCGUGUGAAACGAUUCAUCGUUCAAUGGAUGAAUUCCCUCCGGAUUACUUCACCGAAGAACAAAGACGUAACGGGGCUGUAAUCUUUCAUUUAUCGAUUGCUUUUUACGGAUUUAUUUUAAUAACAGUCGUUUGCCACGAUUAUUUUCUACCGUCCGUAUUAUACAUAUGUUCAGGUAUGAUAGAUAAAAUAAUUUGUUUUACAUUUUUACGUUCCAACCCGAAUAUAUCAAAAAUGUAAUACCUCUGAUAAUAAUUAAAUACCUAAACCAUAACAUAAUAAUUUUUGACUUAAUUCUAGGACUAAGCUCGUCUUUAAUAAAAUACAAAUUAUGUUCAUUUAUUACAGUAAUCAAAUUCAAUGUAUUCAAACAAACAAAAUUAAAAUUAUAAAACAAGAACAGUUAAUUAAUUUAAAAUAAUAUGUACCUAAUAACGCUAAUAACUUAUAAGACAGUGCUAUGGUUUUAGUGGAAGUAUGUUAACAACUCUGGAAAACUGUAUACACCGAAGAACAAUAUCAAAUCAUAAAUAUUUAAAUUGAGAAUUUAAAAUUAUGUUGGAAAAAAGUCAAUAAAAGUAUAACAAAACGAGGAACAAAAAUGUUAUCUAGUUACUUAACUCUUGUCCCCCUCCCAUACGACACACCAAAUCGUAAUGUCUGUAUAUUACGAGUUAUUUGAGAUAAAUAUUUAAAUUUUCGAAAUAAAUAUAUAUAACGGUUGUGAUCACCUUAUUUAUAGUGAAUAUCCGAGUUGCGGUAACGCUUGAAAUAUCUGAAUAUUCGAUAAACAUAUUUUAAAACGAAAUGUACACAGUUACAUACAUAUUAUAUAUAUGUAUUAUGUAAACUUAAAUUAAUCGACUUGAGUAUGUGAAAUCGAUUUCUUUCAAAAUUGUAUUCAACAAAUGUUAACUAUUACAUAUACAUUUUACGUUUUUAAAUUAAAUUAAUAUAUUAUAUUUGCAUAAAAAUGUACAGGUUUAUAAAUUAAAAUAUUGUCAAUACCUAGGGCACUGAAAUCUCAUAAAUGUGUAGUGAAAUAAAUUCCAAUGAUCCCAAUAUCUAAUGCGGUUUAUUUAUUUUAAAAUUGACACAAUCGAUAACAAAAAAAAAAAAAAUGGACACAUUCAAAUUUUUUUUUAGUUUUUAUUUGGUAGGUAUUAUGUGAAUGUAAUCGUUUGAUUUCACAGAAAUGGUUGAAAAUUAAACAAAAGGUUCAUUAUAAGUUGUAAUUAGUGGUCAAAAAUUAACCUCAAUGUCGCAGUUAUUUUCAUAAGCAUUUUAAGAUCGUAAAAAUUACGGCAUUCCAAAACAUGUUUCGCCAACAAUAGUUUAUCGUUACGUAGAGAUGUAAAUUAAAUAACUUUAUGUAUCCCACCUUGUCAAAUUCCUACCUACAACAAUGGCGCCCGAUUUAUAGUCUUCUUUUUUUUUUUUUUCAGAUUUAGGAAUUUCACCGGACGUGGCCGGUGCAACUUUCAUGGCGACGGCGACGUGCACGUCCGAACUGUUGCUGUCCGUCAUCGGAACGUUCGUGACGAAAUCGGAUCUCGGGGUGGGCACGGUAGUGGGCAGCGGCGUAUACAACACGCUGGGCGUGUCGGCGUGCGCGGGCCUAGCCGCCAACCGGGCCGUUCCGGUGGACCGGUGGCCACUUUUCCGGGACAGCGGCGUGUACGUGACGGCCCUAACAGUGUUGGCGGCGAUUUCCAUCGACAACGUGAUCGUGUGGUACGAGGCGCUAGUCAUGUUGAUAUUGUACAUAGGGUAUUUUGUGUUCUUGUUCACGCAAGGCAAAAUAAUAAAAGCCGAAAACAAUUUGAAAAACGGCGAAAAUUCGUGUUGUUCGCGUAAGUACAUCAUAAUAUUAUGGUUCACCAUGUCACUGUUAAUGAAUAUAAAAAACGAUUAAGUUCGAAUAUUUUCGUGGUCCGAUGCAAAAGUGCACCAAUAAUGAUGACAACUACAUAAGUAUAACUACAUACAUAAUAUUAUUAUUAUUAGUUUCUAAGUCUUCCAUUCCACUGUUACAGGCUUUGCAUCGAUUUUCCAACGUAUGAAACAAUUAUUGUUUUAUAGGAAAUCCGCUCCGAAUGAAUAUCAAAAUAUCACGUCAGUCAAAAGUGAUACACAGGCAUUUCACUAUGGAUCCGGUAAGUUAAAAGUGCAUUCAAAAUAAAAUACUGUUAUUUCAGUUAUAGUUUCUAGUUUUAUAGUUUCUAGUAUGAGAUUAUUUAUUACUUAAAAUGUAAAUAUAUACAGUAAACACUAAGCGUGCUCACUCCAUUUUUUUGGUUAAAUUUUUCAUUUAUUUAAAUUAUGAUUUUUCAAAUUGUUGAGUGUAGUUAAAGCCGUUUAUUUUCAAAUACUUAGAUUUUUCACAGCAUUUAAGAAGUAUUCUGUGGUGAUGCUAAAUGAGAACCUAUAUUAAAAAUUCCAUUAAAAACGCUGUAUUCAUAGAUUUACUUAUAGGCCCACCUACUUAUCUGCUUACUUAUUUAUAGACUUUAAAUAAAUUUUGGUGUUUAAAUUUAACCAAAAAAAAAAAAAAUCGGGUGAACAUGCUUAGUGAAUCAUCUUGUAUGUCAAUAUACUUAUUAUACGUAAGACGGAAGAAUUUUUAAAAUCGUACUAAACGAAGUCCUAAUAUAAUUUAAGCACUCAGUGGUAGUUCUAAUUAAACACUAUAUGCAUGUAUAAUUUUAUAAGAGGCAUGAUUCAGAUUAUUUCUAUACUAUAAAUUAUUUUAUUGCCCAAACAUUUGAAACGUAAUUUUAUUAUAUCCGUAGAGAGGAUUCACAGAACCUAGAUCUAUUUUUUUUUUCAGUGAGCCUGAAUUAGUACAUACAAUUUGACCAUACUUUUUCAUCUUAUAUCAUUAUGUGUAUUACUUAUUAUUCCACUAAUUUAAACUUGUUUCGUUUUCUCUUGUAUGUUGACACUUUUUAGGGCUUGAAUUUCGGAAUUUAGCCAAAAAAAUAUUUAUGAACUUAUUUUGAAGAUUCUUUGUAUAAAAUAUUGGAUUAUCAAAUGCAUUUAAAUAUGUUUCUAUACAAACCUUGAUAAUACUUUGACGGUUAUAUUUAAAAAAAAAAAAAUGUGGUGGAAUGGUAUGCGGCGUUUGAAUAAAACUCAAUUAUUCUUACUCUACACACAAAAAGAUAAACUUGGAAGUUAAAUACCUUAUCAACAGUUUAAAGGAAAUUAAAAACGUCAACAUCAAAAUAUAUUUAAAUUAAACCUUAAUAUAUUUAUGAAAUUUCUAAUACAUAUAUAUAUUACAAAUUAUAUAUAUAUAAAUAUAGGAUUAACAAUUAAAAACGAUAAUUUACUUAUCAUUUUAGAGUUGUAUGUUUCUUAAAUUUGCUACAAAAAAAAUUCCGUAGUAAAAAUAAUAUGCAUUUAUUUUUGUUUUGAAUUUUUUUGAAGUUUUUGUUUAAUUUUACUUUUAUUUUAUAAAUAGGAGUAAGAGAAACAAUGGCAACAAUCAGGGAAUCAGACCAAACGACUGUAGUCAACGAUCUGAGUAAGAGUUUUAGGUUGCCAAUUUUAUUUGUUUCUUCAAAAAUUACAUUUUAUCAUUGGUUUUAUUAAGAGGGUGUGUAAAAUAUUUAAAAAUAUUUCGUCGAACCGUAUAUUUUCGGAAAAAUAUUUUGUAGAAACCGUAUUUUGUUGGAACAGUAUUUUGUUGGAAAAAUAAUUAGUCGGAAACGUAUUUUGUCGGAAAGUUUUUUUUCGGAAAAUAUGUUAUCGGAACAGUAUUUUGUCGGAAAAUAAUUUUUACCCAACGACAUGCAGUCACGGAGUGCUUAUAUGAUGAAAUUAUAUUGAACAGUUCCGACAAAAUACGUUUCCAAAAAACCCAUAAAAACCCAUUUCCGAAAAAAUGCUUUCCAACAAAUUAUAACCCUCCGUUUUAUAAUAUAUAUAUAUAUAUUUAUUUAUCACAAAAUUCACGGACUGAGCGUUUUGGACAUUAGGUAGAAUAACAUACAAGGUAACAUAAAUCAAUAGUACGAAUGUAACAUGAUAAUAUAUAAAGUAGAAAAUAUAGAAAAUAUUAAAUAAUCAAUUUACCAAAAUUAUCGAAGGUUUUUUCAAAAUUUAAUUUGAAUUGCAUUAUUAUAUUAAUUUCUGGUCAGCUAUAAAAUAUAAUAUCUUCUUCUCCUGCACCUUCAUCUCAACUAUUUAAGUCUGGUCAAUUAUCUGGGGUAGGCUGAAAAAUAAUUUAAGUAUUUGAACAUACCUUUAAUACAUAGCUGUUAUCCUUUGAACCCAUAAUAUAGAGACACAGAAUCUUCUACAAAGCAUUUUAAUUCGGGGAUCUUAAAACUCGUGAUAUUAUGUAUACAACAAUAAAGUAAAAUAACUUACGCACAAAAAUUAUAACCGACAGGUAAAGGUUCUAUUUAUUAUUAUUAUUAUUAUUACUAUGUUAUAAAAUAAACAUAAAAAUAUAACGUUUCAAGCAGUUUUCCAUUCCGCGGAAUCGUUAGCCAAUGAUAACGUUUGGUCGUUUGUCUGGUGGAUGUUCCGCCUGCCCGUAUCGGUCAUGCUGUGGGUGACAAUACCGGACUGCCGGAUGAAACGUGAACUGUAUCCGUUCACGUUCGUCAUGUCAAUCGUAUGGGUGAGUGUCGUUACAUACAUUUUGUCGUGGAUGUUAACAAUAUGUGGUAAGUACGUGUAUCGAUUGUUGACGCAUUUCGAUAAUUUGUUACUAAUGCCAUUGAAGUUGUAUGUACAUACAAGUUGUCCAACGACCCUUAGUAAAUAAUGCUCUAUAACGACUCGUGAACUGGCGCUCAAAAACAGCUGUUAAAAUAACAUACAACGUAAAGCCAAAUGUUUCAGCGUAAAGUAUUAUUUAUUUUUUAAAUGCUUACUAUUUUACACAUUAUUACUCUUAUAUCCACAUAGUAAAUAAAUUAUAUAAACAACACUAUGGCUACAAAAAAACAAAAAUAAAAAUAAAUCUAAUUUUAAAUAUUAACGACUUCUGAACGUUAAAUUACAAUCGAAAUAUGAACAAAAUGGUAUUUAAGACGAUAAAAUAUAAACUUAAUCGGACUAAUAUCCGGUUGAAUUGCUAUAAGGCAGCUCAAACUACAAAUGACUAUUCAAUGUCCCAUCACAAUUUUAUUUUUAAUCUGGCCAGUAGUCAGUAUUAUUUCAAAUUAUGAUAUUAUAUUUCUUUUUACGCACUUGUAUUUUGUUCACAUUACAUUGUUUAUAUUAUUUGAUUAUGUUAAAUAACAAAAAAUGAUAAAAAUAUAAUUAAUUAUGCGAUGUCAAUAGACACACUAAAAUGUCCUAAACUACAAACAGCGGUUUUAGCAAAUCACAGCUCAAAUAUCAAAUAAUAGAUUUUCAUAUUCUGAUACAGUAUUGUAAAAUAAGGUCCGACUUCUACGCUGAUAUAUUUUAUUAUAUUUAUUUAUGCCAACACUAUAUUGUAACAUUUUCCGCCUAGAGCUCUGAUAGUUAUUUUUCUUUCGAGUGUCAAGUCAUGUUUUCACGGUCGUUGGGCAACUUUUAUAUCAUAAACCGUGAUUUUUUAAAAAUAUAAUUAUCUAUUAACUGUUAACGACUUGUUUUGAUUCAUUCGCAGGUAACACAUUUCGGAUUAACGACAUCGUCAUGGGUAUGGGAGUUUUGGCAGUCGGCAGUAGCAUUCCCGAAGUCAUCACUAGUAUAAUAAACGCCCAAAACGGUAAGCAUAAUAAUAACGAUAACGAUAAUAAUAGUUUAUUUUAUAAAUCACUGACAUCUAACGUUUGUCUCCUUUUCCUUUACCCGGUUUUGAUAGUCAAAGUUGAAAACUCGUUGCUUCUAACUAUAUUAUCUAAAAACUACUAUCUUGUAUUGGUAUUUAUUUUAUAACCAAGUUACUUUUUUCUUUUAAUAACUUAUAGCUUAAUUUUACUUAAAAAAUUAACUACAACUUGCACUCAAUUACUAAAGUUACUAGUCUCUAGGGAAACUUGUCCAGAUUUGAUUCUGAUUAUAGACCACUAUUUAGUUUUAUUCACGAUAUCAUGGUGUGUAGUAUUUCUUACAAAGUUUACAUACGAAAUUCCUAUCUGAUUAAAAAUAUGUUUUACAAGAAAAUCAUAUAAUUGUGUGUGAUAAUUUUAUGAACAUUUUAUGAAAAGUAAGAUAUUUAUUUGUAAGUCAAUGGGGGGCGUUGUCCCUUACUGGUCUAUAAACUAAAAUUUUCAUCAUCCACCUCUCAAAAAAAUCUCAAAUACGCCGGCUGUUACACAGCCUAGAAAGAGUAUUGUUAAACGAUGGUCAUGUACACGGUUAUAUUGCUAUAAGGUUUACAACGUUAAAAUUCCAUUGUGCAGGUGCUCACUAGUCACAAUCACUAGACAUUUUUUUUUUUUUUUUUUAACCAUCAUCGCUGCUAUUAAGAUUUAUCAAAGAAGUACAUUUUUAAACAUAAUUUUUAAGAGCAUACUGAAGGUACCAAUACUAAUUUCCUUUAUCGUUUCACCUUUGUUUAGGUCCUAACAUGAAGAGGACGUCAAACCUACAUUUGUCGUUGUCUAUCUAGUGGCAAUGUAGUAAAAAUGAUGUUUUAUGAUUUCAGUAUAAAUCACUAUUUUAAACUUAAUUUUGGUGACCAAAUAAACGUAGAAAUUUCUUUAAAGAAAAUUUUUUUUAAAAUUUAAAAUUGACGAGUGUAUAUUUAUUUUUAAUGGAAAUAAAAUAACUUUUCAAAUAAUUAAAAAAAAAAAAUCCAUAGACAUCAUUUAGCACAUCUUCGCAUUAUUUUUUUCAACACCGAAUUAAAGUUUGUACGACCAACGAAACAUAAAUACUAUUUUCAUAAGUACGAAGAUACCUGUUCGCUCUAUUAUCCGUUAGAUAGAUAGAGACGACAAUAUGAAGAUUUGAUGGCUUCUUAAGAGGAUCCUGUCCGACUUUGUGUAUGUUGUGAACUAAACUUAUAUUCACAGGCGAAGGAUCAAUGAUCAUAAGCAGCGCGUUGGGCUCGAAUACAAUGGACAUAUUACUGUGCUUAGGUUUACCAUGGUUCAUCAAGUCUCUUCUACCAGUUACCAUGAACGGCGGACCCGUCCAAAUAGAAACCGGCAGUAUGUUCUUCAACACCAUUUGCAUGAUCGCCAGCGUAGCCAUUUUGAAUGUUGCAGCAGCUGUCAGCCGAUAUCAAAUGUACAGGUCAUUCGGUAUAAUGUGCCUGAUUGGUCAGGUGGUGGUUAUAGCUAUACUAAUAGUCAACGGCCUAGACGCCGGCAAAGACGAGGGGACCGGACAAUGUUGA